CCCUUCCCCUUCCCCUUCCCCUCCCAGCGCGCCCGCGCGCCCCUCGGCCCUCGGCGAGCAGCUCGGCUCCCCCCAGCGCUCCCCGGGCCCAAAGAUAUGGCAAUGGUAGUUAGCAGCUGGCGAGAUCCGCAGGACGACGUGGCCGGGGGCAACCCCGGCGGCCCCAACCCCGCAGCGCAGGCAGCCCGCGGCGGCGGCGGCGGCGAGCAGCAGCAGGCGGGCUCCGGCGCGCCGCACACGCCGCAGACCCCGGGCCAGCCUGGAGCGCCCGCCACCCCCGGCACGGCGGGGGACAAGGGCCAGGGCCCUCCCGGUUCAGGCCAAAGCCAGCAACACAUCGAGUGCGUGGUGUGCGGGGACAAGUCGAGCGGCAAGCACUACGGCCAAUUCACCUGCGAGGGCUGCAAAAGUUUCUUCAAGAGGAGCGUCCGCAGGAACUUAACUUACACAUGCCGUGCCAACAGGAACUGUCCCAUCGACCAGCACCACCGCAACCAGUGCCAAUACUGCCGCCUCAAGAAGUGCCUCAAAGUGGGCAUGAGGCGGGAAGCGGUUCAGCGAGGAAGAAUGCCUCCAACCCAGCCCAAUCCAGGCCAGUACGCACUCACGAACGGGGAUCCCCUCAAUGGUCACUGCUACCUGUCUGGCUACAUCUCGCUGCUGCUGCGCGCAGAGCCCUACCCCACGUCGCGUUAUGGCAGCCAGUGCAUGCAGCCCAACAACAUCAUGGGCAUCGAGAACAUCUGCGAGCUGGCCGCACGCCUCCUCUUCAGCGCCGUCGAGUGGGCACGCAACAUCCCGUUCUUCCCGGAUCUGCAGAUCACCGACCAGGUGUCUCUGCUACGCCUCACCUGGAGCGAGCUGUUCGUGCUCAACGCGGCCCAGUGCUCCAUGCCCCUGCACGUGGCGCCGCUGCUGGCCGCUGCGGGCCUGCAUGCCUCACCCAUGUCCGCGGACCGCGUCGUGGCCUUCAUGGACCACAUCCGCAUCUUUCAGGAACAGGUGGAGAAGCUCAAGGCCCUGCACGUCGACUCGGCCGAGUACAGCUGCCUCAAAGCAAUCGUGCUGUUCACGUCAGAUGCUUGUGGCCUGUCGGAUGCUGCCCACAUCGAAAGCCUGCAGGAGAAAUCGCAGUGUGCACUGGAGGAGUAUGUGAGGAGCCAGUACCCCAACCAGCCCAGCCGCUUUGGCAAACUGCUGCUGCGAUUGCCCUCUCUUCGCACAGUGUCCUCUUCUGUCAUCGAGCAGCUCUUCUUCGUCCGUUUGGUAGGUAAAACCCCCAUUGAAACUCUCAUCCGAGAUAUGUUGCUGUCCGGGAGCAGUUUCAACUGGCCUUACAUGUCCAUUCAGUGCUCCUAGGCCUUGGGUGUUUCCCACCUGCCCCUGCCCUCGACCCCCUAGAGACUAAGAGGAUUCACCCUGACCAAGGACUCAAAAGCCUUUGGGGAUGCUAGUAUGAUGGACCAGGCAGGCCAGGCAGAGGGGAGGAGGGCUGGAAACAAGAACAGCCCACUCUGCAGGAAUGCAACCUGAGCUACAAACCAGGAGAAAAAGAGA